AUGUCGCCUAGAACGGUGUUCAAUGAGAAGGAGACGCUAGGCUACAGCCUUGACGAUUUCCUCAAAAAAGCCAAGGAACUUUAUCGAAAUUCCCUCGCCGACUUUCAUUCCUUCUUGCUCACGGGAAGUGCGGAUUCCUUGGAUCACCAAGCAUUCCUCGAUGUCUACCACGACCUACUCUCGCCUCAUCACCAAGUUGAGGUGACUAGAGACUAUGACUCCCUUAUCGGAGUUCAGAAUUCCAUUGUCUUCAACAACAGCCUCUCCAUCUAUCCUGUGCCGAAUCCAGCCAAGACGCUGACGACUAGCGUCCAUCUUUCCUUUCCUAUUCAGGACGGCUACACCAUUAUCCCCACCCCUUUCCACCGAAUUCCAAAUUUCUUGUUUGGAGACUCUGGACCUCGUGGCCAGGUCCACAUUUUCUUCCCGAAACUCUGCUUGCAAGUUGACGAUCUCUCAAACGGUGUUCAACUCUCGCUCGGUAGGAAGGCCGAAUUUUACGAGAAAGGACUCAGGCCUUCUGUUGAAGCCAUUCUCCAUGGAAGUGCAGAUGAUUGGCCUGCAACCUUUGAAGCCGAGUUAUUCCGCAUUCGCAAACGCUCUGGUCAUAUGGCUUUCGGUACGAGGAUUGUCCCUCCCGAGUUCUUGGAUCUGCUGGUGGACGAGCUUCGUUUUCAACUUGAACAGGAGGGAGUAGAUUGGGCGAAAGAUUUCUUCUUCACCCACACGAUUAGGGGGGUGAAAAUGGGGACUUGGCACAGUUUGGAUGAGGACAGCGCACGCAUGGCUUUCAUGACAUUCCUGAACCAUUCUAGCAUUCCUGCUGGGGCUCUUGACCAGGGCUUAUGGUGGGUUGACAUCGGCAUACAGUAUCGAAGUGAAGAGAAUCAAUGCCUACAGUGGACCACUCGAUCGCACUCCAAGAUGAUUCGCUACGCUCUAGGUGUUACCCAGGAUCAGGCAGAUCGCUUGAGUUCCCUUGGAAGCUCCCGUUAUUCCCGUGACAUCGUCAGCCACCUCACUGGCAUCUCAGGCUGCAGGGUAGAACCGCGUUCUUGGGGUGGUACCUAUGAAGCUGCGUAUUUACAGCUCUACACUACAGACAAACAAACAACUUACAGCCCUGACGGUUUCCACCAUGCCAAAGCUAUCACAAUAAAAGAGGCUAUGGAUGAGAAGAUACAGCCAGUCCCUUUCAUCGACCACUUGAUCAGGUCUUACGAGGACUCCUCCAACAUUGCCUCUCUUGCACGCAUCGAAGUCCGUGUCCCUGUCGCCUUCGCAUUCCAGGCGCUUAUGAACAUUCCUUCACGUGUCGUUCGAAGCUCUUUGGCCUCCUUCAGUCGUGAAACUUGGUGGAAAUUCCGUCGAUAUAGAUUGACAGCCAUGUCCCAUCUGUUGGCUCAACAAGCAAGAGGGCCACCAGCCACCAGAGUUACGCAGGACGCUCUUCUCCUUACAGCCUCUCUUUCCUGGCUCAUAAAUUCCCUCCAUGCUAGGCCUGACGAUGGUCCCUCUUAUCGUAGUCUGAUCAGAGCCAUCCUUCCCGAAGCGGAGCGUGACGAAGGGGACGAUUCCAUAUUUUUGUUCUUUAAGGUGGAGAGGGGGGAUAGAAACGACGAAGGAGAAGAUGACGAUGAAGACUCUGACCCGGAACUCGAAUACCUUCUACCCGCAUGUCCUUACGGCAUGAUCUUCCUUCGUAACCUCAAACACAGUUCUAUCAUUCCACGCUUUCGCCACAACCCCUCUGGUCCUAACUUGAGCGCAUCUGCAUUCAAGUUCAUCUUCAAAGCAGACUUAAGGACCAUUCAACACAUCUAUAAUAACCGUGGCAUAGUCAUUCCAGGAUCCUCCUUCCAGCUUCUGAAUAUGUUCAACCUCUCUUUAACUUAG